UGGCGUUACACUGACACGCUGACUAGGAUCUGAACGCCAUGUACUCGAUAUUAUUACUCUGCGCUUUGAUCGCGACGGCUGCCGCAGCCCCAGACCACUACGGACCACCUCCGACCAGGUUCUAUGGCAUUCCUGGGGCGUAUUCAGGUCCAGUCAUUCCCAUCCUGAAGGACGAGCGUGAGGGACCUGACGCAUCAGGAGUGUACAGCUUCGAGUUCGAGACAGGCAAUGGCAUCAAGCGAGAGGAACAAGGUGCCCCUCAAGGACCAUCUGGCGCAGUGGCCAUGCAAGGAGGAUGGUCUUUCACUUUCCCCGACGGCUCUCCCGCCUACGUGACUUUCGUCGCCGACGACGCUGGUUACCGCGUCGAGUCCGACCUGCUGCCCACGCCCCCUCCCCUCCCCGCCCACGCCAUCGCCCAGAUCGAGAAGGCUCGUCGGGAGGACGCAGCUGCUGCGGCCUUGAGCGGGCGUUACUCUGCCCCGCGGACUAGCUAUGGAUACCCAUGA